UCCACGAAUGCACGACUCCUCCCCAUCAAGAGAAGGAGCAGGAGACCCUUUACCUCAAUCACACCCCGAGGCCUUGAGACGCUUUACUUCACAUGUCUAUAAAAAUAGCUUUCCUCCCUUAAGGAAGCAACAGCAGACCCUCUCCUACUGAGCAUUUCUCAAAGAGCAGAGAGAAAGCAGGAGAGGAGGAGAGGGACCACAGUUUAGAGUCACCAGUCUGGAGGAUCUGUGGACAAAAGGAGUGACAAAAGCAAGAGGAGAGAAAGCAUCUGAAAAAGCUCCACCCCGGUCGAGUUGGUGUCCUGUGCACCGGGCUGAAGAUGGUGUGCCAGUGCUGGUUGUUGGUGGCGGUGAUGGCAUUUGUGUGCAUCCCCGGGUUUGAGUCAGUAUGCUGGGACAACUCCAUCUGCAAGGACCUGAGCAACAAGGCGAGGAUACUGGACUGUGUUCACCUCUGCAUGUCUGUGAUCCAGACUGAAAUCCCAGAGCUCAGUGCAUUGGCCCUGAAAGUUGACAGUGAUGCUGAUGCUGGUGGUGGUGAUGAUUAUGAUGAUGACCUCUUACUCAGAGUUAUUCUAGCCACACUGGCUUCCCAUGACAAAAUAUCCGAGUCAGAUCUGAAAGCCCGCAGCGACGAGCGGCGCUCCUACAGAAUGGAGCACUUCCGCUGGGGCAAACCAGCAGGACUUAAGAUGCGAGAGCCAAAGCUUAAGGCCCGCAGUGACGAGAGACGCUCCUAUUCAAUGGAGCACUUCCGCUGGGGGAAGCCCUCGGGCCGUAAACGCCGACCUGUUAAAGUCUUUGCCUCUUCUCUGGAAGGAGGAAGCUCCUCUGAGGGCCGUUUUCCCUUUCAGGCUCGCAGACAGCUGAGCAGUAGCGAAGAUGAAGCGGAGGGGGACAUUGAUGGAGGAAGUAAUGAAAAUCAGGGAUUGCUGAGGGCCAGGGACAGCUCCAAAUCACAAAGCCCCUUGAGCUUGCAGGAGAGGAAAGAUAGGACCUAUAAGAUGAGUCACUUCAGAUGGGGCAGCCCACCUGCAUCCAAACGUAACGGCGGCUUUAUGAAGCCGUGGGAGGAGAAACCUCAGGGGCAGCUGGCCAAGUUCUUCAGGAACAUUUUAAAGAUGUGAAGAGAAUAAUGGGAUAAAUGGAAGAUUCAGCAGGGGAGGCGGAUAGCUCAGAGAGUCAAAUAGCCAUUGCAUGUUAGUAACCACAUGUCUUAAUUUUAAAUUACACAAACUCGUUGCUAUCUUUUAGCAUGUUAUUGAAUGUCUUUCACCGACGCACCCACUGACUGCCUUCAACUUCUUGGCCUCGAAUCCAAAGCAUUCUGAGAGCAUACUCAUCUUAACUUUAUGAAGAAUCAAGCUGAACAGUGACCGUCACAGCGAGGUCAAAGGUGACUGUAAGGAAAUAAAUUAUUGAGACAGUUUUUAAAAAGUCAUGUCUUUAUGUAAAUAAAAAAUAAUAUUAAAGAUCCUGUUUGUGGCAAAUAAUACAUGGAAUCUUUUGCCUAAGGUCAUUUAUUAAGCAAAACCUUGAUGAGAGCUGACAAGUUGUGAGCUCUCAUCAAGUGUGAGUUGUUAUGUCUGUCAAACUGCGUUAUAGGGCAUUUUUAAUGCAUUGAACUAACUGGAACCCAAUCUAACAAGGAAAACAUAAUAAAUAAAUAAGAUCUGAACGCCUGGAGAAAUGUUGCUCAAGGUCACUUAAAAACAAACAAACAAACAAACAAAUAAACUAUGAAGACACGAGGGGUGACUCAAUACUUUUACCCAGGACUGUGUCUUUAGACAAAUCUGAGGAUUUAGGGGAAGGGGAAUGGACAAAAUUCUGAAUAUUAAGACUGAUAAAAUACAAGAAAAAGGAUUUAAACGUUUUUAACAACAAGAUGAGUUUGAGUUUCUUUUAAACUUGUGGGUAUGGUGGAGUAUCCUUUAUUCAGAGGUAAUGAUUUGAGUAUCUUUUACUGGACAGCAGUGGAGCACCUUCUCUACCAGACUCAUUCAGCUCCACUGUCACCAGUAUGGAUGCAUGAAAUCCUUCAUACCAUUUUCAUUAAACCAUUAUAAUAGAAUGAGAUAAAUAAUUUCUUAUUUUUUUAGGACUUACAGAGUCCAUGAAUGAUUGUGCAUAAGUUUAAUGAAAAUGCAGCCAGACUUAGAUUGCCACCCACUGGACCUGAAGCAUAA